CUUCGAACCAUUCCGCAACGCAACACCGCAACGCAAUGACAUGCGAGGCUCAUCGGGCGAUACAUACCUGCCCGUCGCCGCUGCAGACGACAUGGACGCCAUACCCAAGCCUCUUCCGGUCCAGCAACGACAGCGGGAAAGACGGCCCCUCUUCAUAGCCCUCGUCCUAUUUCUCCUCUCCCUUGUCCUCACCCUCGUCAUCUCCCGCUCCUACUCCUCUCUCCCUACCGUACUCAACCUCCACCAAGAAUGCCGCAUGUCCCGCAUGUACCCGUCUUAUGUCCUUCAUCAACCCUUCUCUCCUUCGGGACUCGGCCGCAAAUAUUCCCUCUACAUGUAUCGCGAAGAUAAUCCCUUCAUUCCGGAUCCCAAGUUGCACCAGAGGAGACGACCCGCUGUAUUCGUGCCGGGGAAUGCGGGAAGCUAUGGACAGAUUAGGAGCUUGGCGAGCUGGAGUCGGUUUGAGUGGGAUAUGCACGGGGUGUGGGAGACGGAUUGGUGGACGAUUGAUUUCAAUGAGGACUUCUCGGCCCUCCAUUCUGCCACGCUCGAGUCGCAAGCUAUCUACCUUAACGAGGUGCUGAGGUACCUCGAGUCGUAUUAUCAGGAUGAGGGGAUGGACUCGAUUCCUCUCCUCGCUCAUUCUAUGGGAGGAAUAGUUGCGCGGCUGGCGACUCGACUUCCUACCGCUUCACCGUACAUCAAGACCAUCCUGACUCUCAGCACGCCCCAUGCUGCUCCGCCUGCACCAAUCGAGUCUGGCCUCGAGUCCAUUUAUUCUCUGAUCAAUACUCCCCACCCUCGAGACGGGGACACACUUCUCAUCUCCCUCUCUGGCGGUCUCCUCGACACCCAACUCCCUUCCGAGCUAGCCGUCCUCCCCUAUCACUUCACCUCUGCCAGCAACAUGUCCGUCCUGCAAGGUUUCACGGCCGACCUGCCGGGGCUGUGGAGCUCUGUCGAUCAUCUGGCGAUGAUGUGGUGUGAUCAGUUGAGAAGGAGGUUGAGCUGGACGAUGGGUAAUGAGGUGCAGCUUGCGCAAAAGGACAAACAGGCGGGGAGGGUGGAGAUGAGGAAGAAGACGUGGGCGAGAGCGCUGGGGCUUAGAGGGGUAGGGCGACCUAGUCUAGGGGAAUUGAUCAAGGGAGCGCCGAUCAUUGAGAUCGAGAGGGGCGAGCAGGUGCACGACUUCCCUCUGCAACAGGGACACGAGGAGUUCCAGCUACUCACGGACCUCGCCUUGGGAAAGGACUACACCGUUGCACCAGCCCCAGUGGAACAUCAGACGGAGUUGCACGUCUUUGCCUGCGUGGACAUCAAGGACAGCGACAAGGCGGGCUGUCGUCCCCUCCCACCCUGGAGCUUCGACAUAGUCCCAACCAAGUCUGCUGGCAACUUUUUCCCCAUGGCGGAAGCACUUUAUGACCAGCCAGGGAAUGCUGCGCGUCUCUUGCGUCUACGGGCGGAGGAGAUGGGCGAAUACACGAGCAUCAAGGUCGUGCGACCCGCGGGCAAGCAGAUGGGCUUCUGGCGCGCGGCAUGGGUACGCCCGAAAGACCAAAGCGCUGCUCCGCCGCUGGUGCAAAGCUACGACCUUUCCCCUUCGUCCUCAGGCUCGCAUUCCACCCUCUUCGUCUACGACGUUACCUUGUCCUCUACCUGCACGCCAAAUCCAGCAUUCGCGCCCUUCGCCCACUUCUACUCUUUGCGCUCAGGCGACGGAAGAUGGAUGCCCGCCGACCCCGCUCAGACGCAGAGCCUGCACAUGCACUUCGCCGACGAUGGGGACCAGCCUAUGAAGUUGGACAUCUACUCGGAUGGGUGUCGCUUCACCAAUGUCACACUGCAACCGCGCUGGUCGGCUAGUGUAGGCUUGUGGGUCUCGAGAUUCAGAUGGGCAGCGUACGCGUGGUGCUUUGCGCCCUUCGCCCUGGUCCUCAUCCUUGCCCAUGCUCGGCCAGAGAAGGCGAAGAGCCCCUCCGACUUGGCCUCAUUAAGCAUGCAAUCCCUUGCUGUUCUGUACGGCUGCGCGGCGCUUGUCGCGCUCAUCGCCCCAGAGCGACUGCUCGGCGUGCGAAACAAUGUCCGCCUCACCGUGCUGGCAAGUAGCGCCCUCCUCAUUCUCACCUUUGGCAUCCUCACCGCCCUGAUUCUCAUCAUCGGCGGAGCAAGCUGGCUAGUCACGCGACUCCCCUUCGGGCAGCGGCUAGUCUUCCCCUCCUCCUCUGGCAACUCCAAGACUGCGAUGACGGCGCGAAGAAGCACGCUGGUGGGAAUAGGGCUCCUCUGCAUCGCCAUCAAGCUCGCCCUUCCCUACCAGUUUGUCUUCCUCGCAUGCACCCUCGUACAGAUCAUCAAUGUCGUCCGCUCCGCACGCUCAGCUGCCACGGCCACCAGCAAGGAUGGUCACUCUCACACUCGCUUCGUGCAGCAAGUCACCCUUCUCCUCCACCUCCUCUUGCUCUUGCCGCUCAAGGCGGCCACCCUCCUCGUAUUCGCUCGCAACUUCCUCGCUGGGUAUUUCACGCCCUCCUUUCCCGGGGGUGCGGGGCUGCAGUUUGGGGAAGACCACGAUCUGUGGCGCAUACUGCCUGUGCUGGGCGUAGUGCAAAUUGCUGCGACGGGAAGAAAGUUUGAGCUUGGAGGGAUUGGCGAUUCUGGGGCGAGGAUGGGUAGAUUGGCCUAUGCGCUGGGAAGGUACGCCGUACCGGGGUCGUUCGCCUGGCUCGCAGGCAGCGUCCUGCUCCGAGGAGCGCGCAGGCCGUACGUCUGCUACGAUGCUAGCAUGCUCUGCUUUACCGCUGUUCUUGCCGCGCACUACGCCGCGAGGUUUGCUCAGCAAAAGCAGGGCUCGAGUGCGGGUAGCAGCACUGCGAAUGGGAUACCGAUGGAGCUGGGCCGAACGCAGAGAGCUAGGAGGAUGAGGGAGGAGGAAGAGAGGGAGGAGGUAGAGCGCAAGUUGUUGCGAGGCGAUAGAGAGGAGCAGGUGAUCAUGCCCUUUGAGGUGCCGGAUGGGAUUGAUGACGACGGCGAGGACGAGGCAAAGAAGGAGAAGGCGACGGCCGAGCCCUCAGAGGGGACACAUGCCGGGUCUACUCCAGCGGCGUUCGCUUCAGAGAAUGAUGUGCGGUCAGAGCAAGACAGCCCAGCACUUGCGGCCCCUGCCCACCCCCGCUCUCACCUGGACGAGCUCCUUCUCCUCUACCUGACAAAAAUCGACGCCUACCAACGCCUCCAGACCCAGCUCACCACACACCUCACCACGGGCUUCCUCGCGCUCAGCAAAGGGCGGAUGAGCAGCACGACUAGCGUGACGCGGUGGGAGGAGCAAGUCAGGGGGCUAAUAGACGGGCAGAGGAGGGCGGAGACUGUCGUUGACGUUGAGGGAAGGCUACAGGCGAGGGAAGCGAGAGGUUGGGAGGCGGAGGAUGAGGGUCAGGAGGUGGUGGAGCAGCUUGCGGGAGAGAAGAAGGGAGGCGAGGAGAAGCAGGGAUUGAGACAAAGGCGCAAAGGCAGGGCGACUACUACGAGGACUGCCGAGCCUGGCGUGGUAGAGGAUGAGAAGACGGGCAAGCUGGGCAAGGACGACGACGACGACGACGACGAGACGCGCUCAUCCAAGUCGCGUCCCGCUCCCCUCUCCUCGCUACAUCGCUUUGCCUCCCUACCCUCACCGAGUGUACGACGCGCCGCCACCAGCUUUGGAGAGGCGCUGCGCGUCGUUGCGGCUGAGGAAGCGAAGAAGAAGCAGAAUGGGCAGGGGGAAGCAGAGAGCGCAGCCGUAAGAGCAGGCUUGGCGACCUUGGUGAGGGAGAUGCUCGAGGUGGAGGGUAAGAUACGCAGGGAGAGGGAAAGGUUGAAGACGAGUAGUGAAGAAUGAUAGAGUUGGAGAUUGUGAAAUACCAACGGACACGCUUGCACAU